CCUACACAGCCCCAGUCCCAUGGCCGAGCCUCCCCGCCGCGCCGCGGGCCGGCGACUGCAAUUGCCCCUGCUCUGCCUGGUCUUCCAGGGCAUCACCGCCAUCCUCUUUGCCAUCUUUGUCCGCUACAACCACGCAACCGACGCUGCCGCCUGGCACCUGGGCAACCACAGUAACUCGGACAAUGAGUUUUACUUUCGCUACCCAAGUUUCCAGGAUGUGCACGCCAUGAUCUUCGUGGGCUUCGGCUUCCUCAUGGUCUUCCUGCAGCGUUACGGCUUCAGCAGCGUGGGAUUCACCUUCCUCCUGGCCGCCUUUGUCCUGCAGUGGUCCACGCUGGUGCAGGGGUUCUUCCACUCCUUCCACGAUGGCCACAUCUAUGUGGGUGUGGAGAGCAUGAUCAACGCUGACUUCUGUGCUGGGGCGGUGCUCAUCUCCUUCGGGGCCAUUCUGGGCAAGACUGGGCCUGUCCAGCUGCUGCUCAUGGCCCUACUGGAGGUGGUGUUGUUUGGCAUCAAUGAGUUUGUGCUCCUCAGCCUCCUGGGGGUGAGAGAUGCUGGGGGCUCCAUGACCAUCCACACCUUUGGUGCCUACUUCGGGCUGGUCCUUUCAAGGGUCCUUUACAGGUCCCGACUGGAGAAGAGCAAGCACCGCCAGGGCUCUGUCUACCAUUCCGACCUCUUUGCCAUGAUUGGAACUAUCUUCCUAUGGAUCUUCUGGCCUAGCUUCAACUCUGCACCCACGUCACUGGGGGAUGUGCAGCAUCGGACAGCCCUCAACACAUACUACUCCCUGACCGCAAGCACGCUCAGUACCUUUGCCCUGUCAGCCCUUGUCAGUGGUGAUGGGCGACUUGACAUGGUCCACAUCCAAAAUGCAGCACUGGCUGGAGGGGUUGUGGUGGGGACAUCUGGGGAAAUGAUGCUGACACCUUUUGGGGCUCUGACAGCUGGCUUCUUGGCUGGAACGAUCUCCACACUAGGGUACAAGUUCUUCACGCCCAUCCUAGAGUCAAAAUUCAAAGUUCAAGACACUUGCGGCGUCCACAACCUUCAUGGGAUGCCAGGGGUCUUGGGAGCACUUCUGGGAGUCCUUGUGGCUGGACUGGCCACCCAUGAAGCUUAUGGAGAUGGCCUAGAGGAUGUUUUUCCACGCAUAGCUGAGGGCCAGCGCAGUGCCAGAUCACAGGCCGUGUACCAGCUCUUCGGGCUAUUUGUCACAUUGAUGUUUGCCUUUGUGGGCGGAAGUCUUGGAGGGCUCCUGCUGAAGCUCCCAUGCAUGGACUCCCCACCGGAUUCUCAGUGCUACGAGGACCAGAUUUACUGGGAGGUGCCUGGAGAGCAUGAGCCAGAAGCCCAGACACCACUGAAUCUGGAAGAACCAGACACUAGGGCCUGAUUGCUGCCUGUCCUGGUGUUUUUUUCCCUUUAGAAGAUGAGGAUGCAUCCUCUUGGGAAAUCCUUUUCAGCUCCUGCUGCAAAGAAGUCCUGAGCCAAAAAGAUCCUCCUGCUUUUAGGUUGACUCCAUAAGGGACAGGGUGAAAGGGCAGGUCUAUAAUCUGGAGGACAGAGGGAGAGACUAUCUGCCAAGCCCUACAGCCCUACCAACCUGGGCCCUGGAUAAAAGUGGCCGAAUGAGGCCCCAGAUGAUUGUUGAUCGACUAGGCCAGUGUGACAGAGUUACAGUGAAGCUGGAGGCAGAGGAUGAUAAACACUACGAUCAAGGACUCUGACUCCUAUUUGGGUAUGACAAAAGCCUCAAUGGGUCUGCAGAAUGCUCCCCAGGAUGCCAUGUCACUUGGGUGGAUGCCCCUCCUGGGCUUGCCCUUGCCAGGGUUAGGGAGCCCAUUCUCGCCCCAAAGUGUCUGUUCUAGCACACUUUGGGCUGCCCCCAAAUUCUCCCUCAUCCCCAACUACUGUCACUCUGAUCCUAAAGUCUGACAGCCUCUGAAUAGGAAGAGGUCUCAGGGACAUAAGCUGUUUUCCACCAACCCCUAGAAGCUAGAAGCAGCCAUCAUCUUAAAGCCCUGUCCUGAGAUUGGAGGGCCAGGAAUAAGAAGGGCCUUUCUUGGCUUAGGGCUGUGGUAAAGGAUGAGGAAGGCAGACUCAGAUCUUCUGUUGGCCUAAAAUCAUUUCACCACAAGAGGGCACUCCAGACCCAGCAGAGGACCCUACCUCUAUGUCAUCCAUGGUCCUCUACCAAGAGUGGAAGUCCUUCCUUCAGCCCAAUGCUCUUCCUGUCUACUUCAGUUCUGCUCCUCAGGCAUUGACGCCACAAGCUUUUUUUUGUGGGG